ACUUACGAAUUGACAAUCGUUAUCACUGUCAGUCGUUGUAUAGUUGUAUGAGUACGAACACGAAGGAAAUUCUGCAAAUUUCAUGUUCUCUAAUUAAAAUGUCGUUUGUUAAAGAGGACAGCAGUGUGCUGAUAAUUUUAGACAGUGAACUGUCGCGCAACGAUGUAGCAGGCUUGGUGAAAGAAGUCGAGACGCAGCUUAAAAAUGCAGACCAAUUGUCGAUAGUCUCGUCGAAAGAGUUGCAGAAAUGUAUUAAUUCCUCUUCUUACGAUGCAAUUGUUUCUAUCUUUAAACGAUCGUGUCCGAAUCCGAAAGUACUUCUAGAAGAAUGUCUGCGAAUGUUGAAACCUGGUGGCACAUUAGUAAUUUACGAAUCGUUCCAACAAGAAGAGAACGUAAACUUAAUUUAUGACGAAAGAGUGUCGAACUUAAAAUUAACUGGUUUCAAAGAGAAAGAUCAAGAAUUUUUCGAUACUAGGAAGCUGAAAGAUCUUUUAGUUAAUGUAUACAGUGAUGUAGAUUCCGUUUGUGAGGUGGUAGCAGAAAAACCAAGAUUCGAGAUCGGAUCUAGCGUGACACUUAAUUUUGGCGAGAAAAAAUCGUCGAAUAUCUGGAAACUGGAUAACACCGUUGACGAUGAACUGAUCGACGAGGAUGACCUUUUGGACGAGAACGAUAUUUUAAAACCCGAAGCGUCUAGUUUAAGGGUGUGCGCUACCACGGGUAAAAGAAAAGCGUGUAAAGACUGUAGCUGCGGCCUGGCGGAGGAACUGAGCGGAAAGGCCGCACCGCAAGAGACACAGAAAUCCUCUUGUGGGAAUUGUUAUCUGGGGGAUGCGUUCCGUUGCGCCAGCUGCCCAUACCUCGGCAUGCCCGCGUUCAAACCCGGGGAGAAAGUGGUUCUACCCGAGAGCCAAUUAAAAACGAAUUAACUCCGAUUAAUUUAAUAAUCACGCGUCAUUACUAUUUUCCAUAUUACACAUCAAAUCGCAAAGGAUGAUCUACUUUAUUUCGUCUCCCCAGAGUGAAAUACGUCGCGUUCAAAACGAGAAAUGUACUUGAAAUUUAUGUAAUAAAAGGAUUUAAAAUA